AUGCUCGUCCUCGAAGAGCAACGCUACAUCCAUGAGGAUCUAGAGCGUCUUGAACAAGGUAUCGCUGAUCGCAUUCGCGACGAGCCCAGACAUAUCCGUGAUCGUCUUAACAGAGACCAUGAGAUUUCUCAAUUACUAGACCAGAUCCAAGUCCAGUCGAGCAACCUUGUCGGCAUCUACAAGGACGAAAACGGAGUGCGGGCACAAGAGAUUCAACAAAUCGGUACAGGCGACCCAUUCGCAGAGUUCUACAAGCAGCUCAAAGAUGUUCGCGACCAUCACGAGAGAUAUCCCCAUGAGCAAGCAGAAAACUCGGAGCAACGAUACAAGGUCAAGAGAUCUGAUGGAGAGCCGAUGCCUUCAAUCGUGGACUCUCUAUUCUCUGGAGAGGAAGCUUACGGACGAUUCUUCGACUUGACAACCUCUCACGAAGCCUACCUCAACCUUCCCAACGUCAGACGGCUCACAUACCUGCAAUAUCUCGAGACUUUCGACAACUUUUCUCCAGCACAUGGCGGUGUCACACGACAAGGCAAGUUGACGAAUCAAUACUUCAAGUAUGUCGGUCAACUAGCAGAUUACCUCGAGAGCUUUAUGCGACGAACGCGACCUCUGGAAAACGUGGACAAGGUUCUCACUUCUUUUGACGAAGAGUUUGAGACAGCGUGGGAAAAAGAAGAGAUUCAGGGUUGGGAGAAGGAUGCAUCUUCAACAAGCGGUACUGCCAAGGAGACCAGCACAGCGGAUGCCGUAUGGUGUGAUGACUGUCAGAAGGAAUUCAAGAACGAGAAUGUCUACAAGAACCAUCUCACGGGACGAAAACAUAUCAAGGCGGCAGAGCAGAGGAAACAGCGUCAAGAGCAAGAGUCUGCCCCCGCUGACGACAUUGUGAAUGGAACCUCGGCAACGCGACUAAAGGAGCGCGCAGUGGCAGAGCGAGAGCACAGAGUGAAGCGACUUGCCAGCGCAAUGAGCACCGAGCGAAGCGAUACUAGGGUCAACGUGGAGCGUAAGCAAGGUAUGACGGAGCGAGAGCGCGCGCAGGAGCUGGAGAACUAUUUCAAUUCCGAAGAUGCACCCCAGGAGCCACAAGAAGAAGGCGAAGGCGACGAUGAGGAUGGCGAGGAGCGCAUUUACAACCCCCUCAAGCUCCCUCUUGCCUGGGACGGCAAGCCCAUUCCCUUCUGGCUGUACCGCCUCCACGGUCUGGGUGUCGAGUUUCCCUGCGAGAUCUGCGGAAACUUUGUAUACAUGGGCCGACGUGCGUUUGACAAGCACUUUAACGAAGCGCGACACAUUUACGGCCUCAAGUGUCUCGGCAUCACCAACACAACGCUAUUCAGGGAUAUCACCGGUAUUGCUGAGGCGCUGCAGCUGUGGGAAAAGAUUCAGAAGGAAAAGAAACGAUCUACAGUCGACGAGGGAAGCGUGGUGCAGAUGGAGGAUGGAGAGGGUAAUGUCAUGCCUGAGAAGGUCUACUACGAUUUGCAGAAGCAGGGUUUGUUGUAG